AUGCUUCGCCGAAUUCCUGCGAGGGCUGCCCGCUACGACUACAGCGACCUCGCAGUCUCCUGCCACAAGCUGCAGCAGCGCAGCUACAUUGUCGUGCCCUUGGCCAAAGUGUCGCCGACGAUGACCGGUGGCCGCAUCACGGCCUGGCAAAAGGACGUCGGCGCGUACGUCGACUGCUACGACCUCUUGUACGAGUUUGACGCGCAAGGCGUCACAGAUGACGACGCUUUGUCUGCUGUCAAGAUGGAAGUCGAGUGUUGCGACGAAGGUUUCCUCGCAGUCGUCUUUGAUCUUCUGCCUGCUGGUAGCCUCCACGACGAACCAUUGAACUACCCAUGAAGCGUCUGGCGUAGAGCCCACUUUGACGUGCCGACCA